GUCAGACUCCACUCCACCUUGCUGCGUGGAAGGGGUUUUCGGACUGUGUCAGAGCCCUGCUUAAGGCAGGCGCUGGCAAGGACGCUCAGAAGGAGAAUGGCCAGACACCCCUCCACGUCGCUGCGGCAAGGGGUUCCUUGGAAUGUGUCAACGCCUUGCUAAUGGCAGGCGCUGACAAGGACUCCGAGGACAUCUUCGGUCGGUCGGCCUUGGAUGUGGCGAAGAAGGAGGAUGUUCGUUCGCUGCUGCGGUACUUUGGCAGGCCGAAACCGCCAGCCACGAAGCCAAGAGCAAAGGACAUCUCGAAGCAGAAGUCGAAAAGCCGGAUCCCUCCUGGGGCACCACUGCCAUCUGCCGAUCAGGAGCAGCCGGACAGCUUCUGA